AUGGGGCACGUCCUAUUGAUCACGGGCGCUACUGGUUUCCUUGGAAAAGUUGUUAUUCAGGAAAUUCUGCGUUAUGAGAAUGGCCAGAAAUUUGACAAGAUUAUCGUGCUCAUCCGCCCAAAAGAUGACCAGACAGCAGAAGGGAGAUUCUUGGAUGAAGUAGCAAGUUCUCUCUGCUUUUCAAAAUUACCCAAAACAUGGAUGCCCAAAAUCAAUGUUGUCUCAGCUAAUCUCCGCCAUGAGAGAUGUGGGAUCGAACAAGAUAUAUACCAUCAGCUCUGUUCUCAAAUAACUCAUAUCAUCCAUUGUGCUGGCUCCGUGGCAUUUUCGCCAUCAGCCUUUGAAAGUAUCAUUGGUGACAAUAUUACAGCCACUCUCAAUGUCAUGGAACUGGCCCGAGGCUGUCCCAACUUGCGACACUUUGUUCAUACGUCCACAGCGUAUGUCACUCCGCACACCAAGAACCUUAUUCUAGAAACGCUACCGCCGCUGUUUCAAUCCGCAAGAUAUCUAUAUGCAGCAAUCCAGAAAGACUCAAACAGCAUCGACGAGAUCUUGCGAUCUACAGGGCAUCCCAAUCUCUACACUUUGGCCAAGUGUCUCACGGAGCAUCUCCUUCUGGAAAGCGAUGCUGUGCCAUUCACUAUUGUCCGACCCAGCAUCAUUUCCGCAAGUUGGAAAUAUCCCUUCCCUGGGUGGGUUGAUAGUUCAUCCGCCCUGGCCGGCCUUGUGGCUGGAAUAGGAUCAGGCAACAUCAGAGUCGCCAAUGGUGACCCUCGCACCAUCUUGGAUGUAGUUCCCGUGGAUGUAGUAGCACGUCAACUUAUCAAAGCUGCUCUCAGCCUCCAAACGCUUGGAAGGCGGCCACAGAUUGUUCAUGCCGUAUCUACCAUCGAAGCUGGAAUGCAAAUAUCCCUGACUUGUUCCGCGAUUAUCAAGUACUUCACGCUCCACCAAGUGUUCCGAAAGCCGAAGAUGUCCUGCAUCGGGAAAAAGACAGAUCUGCGAUACAGACUAAACCAUUUUGUUCAACACCAACUUCCUCAAGCUCUGGCGAAGACUUUGGCCAUCGCUAAGCGUGAUAACCGCCAGACACAGCGUAUUGAGCGAGCCAAAGCUGCUGAGCUGAAAGCGAAUACAAUCUUUGAGCCAUUCACGCAGCACACAUACAAUUUCCACUCCGCAACCACCAUGCUCGGUCCAGACUAUGACCCCUACGAAUACCUGAAUAUUGUAUGUCAAGGUGUACGUAUUUAUCUUCUGCAGAAAGACGCCACAAAAGCCGUCUUCGCAGGAAAUCGAGCAGAUCGCACUGGCAGUAUCGGAACAUUAAGUUGGUCCAGAAAACAGGAGCAUGGAACAAUACCGGUCGCUAUAUCUUCCACUGUUCUUCGAGGGACAUUCAAGAGAAUAUUUAGAUCGGUUACCUUUGACCAGCAUUCAUUCUCUGCGGCCAUGGAAGGUAUCAAUCCUGAAACGCGGGUUAUCGUUGCGCCAACCCACAGGAGCUUUCUCGAUUCGUUGCUGUGCUCUUACCUAUUCUUCACACGCCCGGAGAUCGGAAUUCGGCUCCCGCGAGUACUUGCAAGCGAAGAAUUUGCCAAAAUACCCAUUGUGGGAUGGGUGUGUCGUCGCCUGAGGACCGUGUUCGUCGUACGAGGGGCUGGCAAACCGGACGACAGUCUCGACCAGCAACUGGCCGAGCUUGUGGGGGGUGGCGACAAUCUUCUCUUUUUUGUCGAAGGGCAGCGAAGCCGUACUGGGGAGGUUUUGCCAGGGAAGAGGGGCGUUUUACGCAGUCUCCAAUCUACUGGCAGCGAUUUCGUCAUUCUCCCCGUGUAUAUCACAUACGAGCGUAUCCCAGAGUCUGACGCCUUCGAGAGGGAAAUGCAAGGCGGCCCUAAACAAAGACCUAAUCUUCCAGGCCUUGUGAAAUGGACGUGGAAAAUGUUGCGAGGACAUGUAGACUUGGGUGAGGCCCAUGUUGUAUGUGCCAAUCCGCUCUUGCUGGGGCCAGAAACUGACAUUUACGAUUUGGUGGAUGAACUGGGGGGAGCUCUGCAGGGAAAUAAGUUUUGA